ACCAAAUUGCAGGUUGUCGGGCUGAUAUUUCUCAUUUCUUCAAUUCAUUAGUAGUUGGUAUGCAUUUUUACUAUCUUGUGGGCAGUCAUUAUGAAAGACCUUUCAGUUUCUUUUAUCUGAUGUGGUUAGCUUCUUUCUAGCAUAUAGGCAAAGAAUUGGGACAUGCUGACCAACAGUUCUACCAAGAUUUCAUCAUCCUCAUCUGUGAUUCAAACAUUUUUUUACUGACAUAGAUUAGUUAUAGAGCAGAAUUCAAAUCUUGCAACCAGCCUGACAUUCAUCAACUGGUUAAUUCCUUUUUCAUUUUGAAGAGGUCUCUGGUUUGAAUCGUUGUGUUGGUGGUGCCAAGUCUUUUACCAAAUGUUAUUCUCUAAGAGGGGGAUGGCUCUUUAUGUUAUCCUGAAGUUAGAAAACCAAAGAAAGCCUAGAAGGCUCCUAUGUCAAGCCAAUCCUGCAAUAUCAUAUCUCAAAAACUGGUGACAAGUGCUUAGUAAAUGACAAAUUACUGAACAGAGGAUUGCUAGAAGAUUAAAUGAUGGGGUGGGGUAAUUCUUAAAUCCUAUUUAGAUGAAAGGUUUAUUCAGAGGCUCUUCCACAUUUCAAGUUUAUAAUGUUGGUUUCAAGAACAUUUGUUGGACAUCAGCUCAGCUUCGUCUUCAAUCUAAUGAUGCUUUCUUUAUUUUUCUUGGUGCUGCUAUAGUCUCCUUUAAUGCAUUAUUAUUUUCCAGCCAACUUUGUGCAACCAUUUGGAAGUUGUAGUGUGCAUGGUACUCAUGUUAGUCCAACAAAACAAGGGAGAAUUGGCAAUUUCUUUUCCUCUGGUGCGUGAGGUUGUGCUCUUUUACAGUCAUUCCAUAAUAUAUGGAUCCACAAGGUUGUAGUGUAGUCCUAAGCUUUGUGUUGAAUUCAGCAUUGGUACCAUUUUUACUGGUUUUGCUGAUGAGUUGACUGUCUCUAAUGCUUCUGCCAGAGUAUUUAUUAUACAUGCUAAAGAUCUGACAACUAGCAAUAUUGCCUUCCUGUCUCACAGGGACCAAAUCCACUUUAUUUAGUGACUCUUAAAAUUGCAUUUAUCAAAUAGGUGACUAAUUUUUUCUCUUAAUUAUUUCUCAUUUUUUCCUUGCACCAAUGCAAAGCAUGACUUGGUUUGAUAAAAAAUUGGCAGGUGGGUCUUCAAGGCAACUGGUCUGGACCAGCACAUACAACACUCAGGACAAGUGUUUGAAUCAUGAAAUUAGCAUUCAUUCUUUGAAAAAAAAUGAAAACCAUCAUCCAAAAUCAUUAGAAGUUAUUAUUGUUAUCAGUAUCAUCAUUUGAAAAGAAUGUGAAAUAAGCUCUCAUUCUGCUUCUAUUUUGGAUGUGUAAUUAGACACAGCAAAAGUUAAAUCCUGUGCAAACAGAUAAUUAGUCACACUUGAGAAGAUAAAUACUGUGCAAAUAUUAACAUAAAAUCCCCAAAAGAAACUAGAUAACUUAUUGUUGUCUUUGCACAGUGAGUUCAUGAACAUCACAUGCUUUACAUGACUAAAUAAGUCUAUUGUCAUUUCAUCAUUAACAGCUUAAAAAUGUCUUGGUGAUUGUAAAGAGUAUAAAGAAUUAAGUACUCUUCUUGGUUCUUUAUCAAAAUUAAAAUUAUCUGUUGAAGAACCCAAGCUUUGUGCUUUAAAUAAUAUUGUUAUCACUACAAUUUCUAGAGAUUAUUUUUUUAGUAUCUUUAAUCAGCUUUUGUAUUUUAUGUGCCUUCUCCAUUAAUUUCUUUUCUUGCUUGCAGAAGUUGUUUGAUGCAGAUAUUAAUUAAACUCUGCUCACUGGAAAUUGUUUGAAAGGGUAUUUUCACUGCUUUCUUUAAUCUCAUAUGGCAAAUCUACACAUUCCUUCACAAAUGGUGAACAUAUGCUAACAUUUGUGCCUGCGCUUUCUACUGCACUUGAGUCUGUUCAGAUCUGAUUAAUAGUUAUUUUUAAUUACUGAUUGAUCAUUCAAUUUCAUCCCACAAAUAAUAAUAAUAAUAUUUGUUUUGAAUAAUUUUAGAAUCUUCGUUGAUUAUUCUUUACUUUCAACUUUUUUCUUUGCUGCUGAUUCAUGCAAAACAUUUGUGUAUUUUUGGACUCCUAAAUUUUUGCAUGUGUUCAACUAAGUUACUCUUAUGUGUAAUCCCGACGGCAGGCAUUUUUGUUCACCUGAAGACCUAGGAAGAUAGAUCGUCAUGCAUGCGUGCAUGAGAAUUGCAUAUCAAGUAAUGAAGAAAACCUAGCUAUUCUUCUCUGUUGACCAUGGAAUGCUUGACUUUCCCAAACUAUAUAAUUCUUUCACUUCAAACGAAAGGCAAAUUACUAGGAGACUUGCAGAGCAAGUGAUGGCAAUGCAUCAUGGCUUCCUGCCCAUUUCUAAUGCUAGUUCAUGCUAUUCUUUAUGUGAUUGGGUGAUAGCCAUAUUGCACCAAAACACUUGCAGAGCUCACCACUGAUUGACACCUUGUUUCACAUAGUUGAGGCUUGUGCUCUUUUAUAACACCAGUAAGUAGUGUCAUGAUCAAGGACAGAGCUGUUUGGUUUUUGCCCCCCACCAAAAAAAGUUCUUUUAUUAUCUUGCUCUAUUUUUUAAGCAGCUUCUCCUGUAACAACAUUUCAUUUCUUUAUGUGAAGCUGCAGAUUUGUAGAUCAAAAUCUAGUGAAUUGUCAUGUUCAGCUUCAUGGAAUGACUUGCCAAGUGGGAAAUGAGAGAGACCGACUCUGGUAUGGCUUAAAACAGUGGUGUGAAAGAUGCAUGAGAAGUUCCUGCUGUUUAGUAUAACAUUAUGCACAAAUCUAUUGGCCCAAACAAGCUUACUGAACUGCUGAGGAACUCAAUUAAAUUGCUUGGCAGGUAAGUUUCUAGUGCUCUAUUUGAUCUCAGAUUCAUCCCUGGAGGUCUGCUUGGUCUUAGGAUCACCAGACUAGAAGAAGCGAGUGCUAGAACAACUGACAUGUUUGCUGUAAACCUAAAUCUCCUAGUGCAGAUUUACUCAAGACACUAAACAUCUUGUGAUGAGAUAUGCAGGGAUCAGCAGCUGCAGCAUAUCCAAGCUUGGACGUCACAGAAACGUUGGAAGAGUGCAGCUCAAUCAAACAUGCUGUGCACCAUCAAUUUCCAGGAAGUCUAUCUCACAUGCUCUGCCCUAAUCCAUGGAGGUUCCUUCUCAAACCAUGCAAUCACAAGUCUAGUUUAUUUCCUCAUAAUUCUAUGAUGCAGAGGCACAAUUCUGUGGUCACCACGACUUCAGAAACUAAUAACCCAGCUCCUCGAACCAUCCAUCAUCCUUGAGCACCACCGUCGAGCAGCAAACCCUAAUAAAUACACCAUCUUGAUUUGAUCACUCCACUUGCCACUUGAGUUCCUAAGGUGGGAGGAAGAGUAAAUGCCUUGUUCGACUCCCAAGCCAAUCACAUGCACGUACGCAGCUAAAGCUCUUCCGGUGGGAUCUGAUGAGGAAGAUGGCACCUCUUAAUCAACCUUGCUUCGGGAUCAAUGAAGAGAGCUCAAAACUAGCCACGAGGUAUUUAAGCCCACCUGCACCCCCCCUACGUCGAAACCUUUGUCCAAGUGCUUCUUCCUAAGCCAAGGUGAUGGCAUCGGCUGCGUCGUCGUCGUCCAGCACCGGAGUCCCGCCGGGGUUCCGGUUCCACCCCACGGACGAGGAGCUCCUGCUCUACUACCUCAAGAAGAAAGUCUCCUUCGAGAAGUUUGAGCUGGAGGUGAUCAGAGAGGUUGACUUGAACAACGUUGAGCCAUGGGACUUGCAAGAGCGCUGCAGGAUCGGGUCUGCGCCUCAAGAUGAGUGGUACUUCUUCAGCCACAAGGAUCGCAAGUACCCCACCGGGUCGCGGACCAACCGCGCCACCGGCGCCGGAUUCUGGAAGGCUACCGGGCGCGACAAGUGCAUCCGGAACAGCUACGAGAGGAUCGGCAUGAGGAAGACGCUGGUGUUCUACCGCGGCCGCGCGCCCCACGGCCAGAAGACCGACUGGAUCAUGCACGAGUACCGGCUCGACGACUCCGACGACGCCCGGGGCGAAGCCGGCGGUGGCAGUGAUGAUGGAUGGGUGGUGUGCAGGGUCUUCAAGAAGAAGUGCUUCUUCAAGGGCAGCGGCGAAGGGAGCACGAGCCAAGCCAUGGAGAACCACAUGAGCGUCGCCGCCAGCCACGACCAGUCCCCGUCGCUGAGCUCUAACUACAUCCACCCAAAUCUCGGCCACCACCACCGCCACCUCCACCACCACAACGGCCUGUACUACUCCCAGAUGCCCACCGGCCCCUACUCCCAUGGCCAAGUGCAGGACCUGAUGACCAACCACAGGCCGUCGGGAUACGACUUCGGGGUGCUCCCCGGAGACUCCGCCCCCGUCGUCAAGCCCUACGACGGAGCAUUAGCAGCUGCAGCCGCCUGCGUAGGGAUGCAAAGCGAGAGGGAUCCGGGCCCGAACGAGUGGGCGGUGCUUGACGGCAUAACGGCGCAGCAGCAGCAGAUGAAUCAGAUGGCGAGCCAACGCGGGGGAGAGAUGGAUUUGUGGGGAUAUGGGAAGUAAAGGUCACAUUGGGCUGGCCAUGUGCAUGGAAUUGUUGUGGCUCAAACUCCAUCGUUCAAUGCAAUAAGGACCAAAUUGGUGGUAUUCAUGAGCGAACUCAGAAGAGUCUCAGCUCCUCUGCCCACAGAAUUGAUUGUGUCUGUUCCUUUGAGUGUUUACAUGUUUUAAUUGUGUAAGGGUCGAUCUCUACAUCCUGUCAAUGUACACAUGUAUAGAGUAGACAAUGUUCUAAUAAUAUAUCAUAAUGAAUAUGCUGAAUGCCAU